GAACAUCUGCCCAGCAGCUGGAUGCAUCCUUCAGUACAAAUGCCACCUUGGAGAUAUUCGAGGUUGACUUCAGGGAUCCCUCCCUGGACAUGAAGCAGAAAGGAACACUUCCUGCCUCAAACAGGUUUCAUAAGCUGAUCUGGGGUAACUUUGGAAACGGGUCCCCGGAGUCCUCCGGGGUGAUUGUUGGUGGAGGAGAUAACGGUGUGCUGACAAUGUACAGCGUGCACCGGAUCUUGACUUCGAAAAGUGAGCCCGUAAUUGGGCAAACAGAGAAGCACUCAGGUCCUGUUCGAGCUCUUGACUUCAACCCUUUCCAGAGUAACCUCUUGGCUUCUGGAGCCAACGAUUCUGAAAUUUUCAUCUGGGACUUGAAUAACUUCAGUGUGCCUAUGACUCCAGGGGCUAAAUCACAGCCUCAUGAAGACAUCAGUGCAGUCUCCUGGAAUCGCCAGGUGCAGCACAUCCUCUCCUCCGCUCACCCCAGCGGCAAGGCUGUGGUUUGGGACCUCAGGAAGAACGAGCCCAUCAUCAAAGUCAGCGACCACAGCAACAGAAUGCAUUGCUCAGGAAUGGCCUGGCAUCCAGAAGUUGCAACCCAGCUAGUCCUUUCCUCCGAGGAUGACCGCUUGCCAGUGAUCCAAAUAUGGGACUUACGUUUCGCUACCUCUCCUUUGAGCCAGCUGGAAGGGCACACGAGGGGAGUUCUUUCUGUCUCCUGGUGCCAGGCUGACCCUGAACUGCUGUUGAGUAGCGCCAAAGACAACCGGAUCUUGUGUUGGAACCCAAGUAUGGGGGAGGUACAUAAUCACAGCUAUAAGUACACAUGCUCUGCUUUAUAG